AUGGCGACUCGUCUUCAGCCUUCGUUUGUCGCCGCCCAUAUCAAAUCUGCCGUCCCUUCUACGGCCCCUCCGCUAGUCUCCGCCUUCCCCGUCACAUUUCCGCGCAUUCCCCCCGCAAGUGUCGCGCCCAGCACUUCCCCAUGCGUUCUCCCCAACGCACCCCUCCGCGGGGCACCUCCCCGCGCGCGGAUCCGCUCAUCGCCACGAACAGCGCCGGCACGCGCGGCGGCAGGGGGCGACGAGCCGCUCCCAGCGGCUGGCGACCCGUCGUUGGCAGCAGCAGCGUGGGAGGCGCUGGUCGCGGUGCGCGCGAGCCGCCCUCUGGUUCACUGCAUCACCAACUUCGUCUCCAUGGAUGCCGCUGCAAAUACCCUUCUCGCAGCAGGCGCCGCGCCCGCCAUGGUGCAUUCCCUAGAAGAGGUGGAGGAGUUUGCCAGCCUGGCAUCAGCUCUCUACGUGAACAUCGGGACGCUGAGCCCUGAUUGGGUGGACUCCAUGAAACGGGUAGCUAAAGUUAUUUCUGCCCGGAACCGGCCGUGGGUCCUGGACCCUGUGGGUUGCGGCGCCACAUCAUACCGAACCAAGACCUCAGCAGAGCUCCUCGCACUCAGACCAACAGUAGUGAGAGGCAAUGCAUCUGAAGUGCUUGCUCUAGCCGGCGCCGUCAGCGCGAACACCCGGGGGGUAGACAGCACAGUGGCGUCAACAGCAGCAGUGGAAGCGGCACAACAACUGGCAGCAGAGUGGGGGACAGUGGUGGCAGUGUCGGGAGCAACAGACUUUAUCACCGAUGGUCGCACCGUGCUGGCGUGUGACAGCGGGGCGCCUCUGCUUACAUCGCUUCUCUCCUUCCCCCACACCCUUCCCCCACGCCCCUCGCCCCUACAGGGGGUAGACAGCACAGUGGCGUCAACAGCAGCAGUGGAAGCGGCACAACAACUGGCAGCAGAGUGGGGGACAGUGGUGGCAGUGUCGGGAGCAACAGACUUUAUUACCGAUGGUCACACCGUGCUGGCGUGUCACAACGGGUGGCAUCAGCAGCACCAGGCAUCCAAGGCCCUGGGCCUCAUAGAAUGCUCAGUACUCAUUAACAGAGGCGCAGGUCAUUCAAGUGAUGCUGUAUCUCAUUCUCUCCUCCCUUCGUCCUUCCUCUUUCGUGUAUUCAGGCUCGCAUCUGAGGUGGCAUCAGCAUCGCCAGGCGUCCAAGGCCCUGGGUCCCUGAGGGUGGGACUCAUGGAUGCUCUCUACUCGUUAACAGAGGAGCAGGUCAUUCAAGGAGUGAAGCUAAGUUCUAUUUCGGUAUAA